AUGAACGGGGUCCGACGCUUCCUCGGCGGCGGAUCCGCCACGCCCUCGUCCCAGACCGCUCCCCUACCCUCCGUCUCGAAUGGCGUCGACGAGAGCAGCCCCCCGAAGACGACCGCCGCGCUGGUGUUCCGCAAGGACCGCUCGCGCGCGACGCCGCCGUCGCGGCAGUCGGACGACGACGGCCACUCCUCCUUCCAGUCCUCGCGCAACUCGCUCGAGUCAGGGCGCACGUCCACCCAGCCGUCCUCGCCGAUCGCGGGGCCUUCCUCACCGCGGGCCCCGGUGCCGAUACGGGUCGCGGAGCUCGCGCGGAACGGGUCGGCGACGUCGAAGCGGACGAGUGCGACGUACAGCUCGAAGGACGACCUGCUCAUCACGCUCCUCGCGAGCGAGGCUCUUGUGGACAGCAGAGAUUUUGAUAUUUUGAGUGCGGAGGAGGUCGAGGAUCUCAAGAAGGAGUCCCAAACGCUCACAACACGACUGGUGGCCCUGUCGAAGAAGCUCACACUGGAGACGAAGCUCCGAGAUGCUGCCCUCUCACUGUCUAAGGCUACCUCCUCGUACAAGGGCGGUUCCCAACAAACAUCUGAGCAGGUCGAGAAUGCCAGUCGCAAAGUCGAUGCUGCGCAGAAGGAGGUCUGGCGCAUAUCGGAGCAGGCAGUUGAAGUCAACCGGCGGUUGCUCGAACACCGCGCGGGCGUCCUCAGCUACUCGUUGCGGAGCGUGGAGAAGAAGAUGGCGGGCCCAGACACAAACGGCGACCCGAGCGCGUCGGGAGGCAGCACACCAAACCGCAACUCGGCGAUGAGCCCAACGCAGUCGUCGGUGCUCAGUGCCCAGUCGAACGCAUCCCGGUCGAAGUUCGACGGCGCGCACUUCUUCGCCGGUCACUCCGACGCCAUUGUUCCCUUCGGCGCGUCAAGAGGCUUAGGGGCUUCGUCCGCGGCGCUCACAGCACUACAAGAACAGCUGAAGACCGCACAAGAUGCGCUCGAGGUGGCGAAUGCGCAGCAACAGAAGAUGUCGAGGGAGCUCACUUCGUUACGCUCAGAGAAGAGUUCACUCGCAUCGUCGAAGGACUCGGAGCUCCGACAGUCGGAGGAGAUGAUCGCCGCGCUGGAACGACAGAUGGGCGACAUGCAGGGCUUUGGCGACCGCGUGCGGUCUCUGGAGAAUGAGAAGAUGUCGUGGCAGAACGACAAGGCGGAGCUGGAUGAGAAGCGGAGCGAGGUCGAGAGGCUUCAACAACAAAUGUCGCUUCUGGAGCGACAGGGCGGGGAGAUCACCACAGUGCAGUCGGACCUGGCGCGGGAACGGCGGAAACUGGAUGAGAAGGACAGGGAGAUCGCGGAGCUCAAGGCUGAGCGGGUGGCUCUUCUCGCCGACGGGGCAAACAAGCAGGAGCUGCAUGACGGAGUGGACGCGUUGCAGGGCGUCAUGAUGAAGUACAGCGUCUCACAUUAUUCCCGCGACUCCUCAGUCAUUGCGCUGGCGGCCUCGAUUGAUCAACAUCUCGAAGAGGUGCAGGCCAAGCUCGACGCGCAAGGGAGGACCCAGGAAGAGUGGAAUGCCGCACGGUCGAAGCUCGAAGUCGACCUCCGAGCCAGUCUCGACAAGCGGGAAGCCCUCGACGAGCAACUCGAAGCGGCAAGGAAGGAGCGCGACAGUGCCAAGGCCGACAACCACAUACUGGAGGGGAAAGUCAGGGAAUACCAGGACGGCCAUGCACCAACGGUCGAGUACACCGGCGAAGCGGCCAAGAUCACCGAGCUCCUCCAACCCGUCUGGUCUAUCCUUCCAUCUCCCGAAGCGCGUGUGCAGAAGAUGGGCAAACAUAAAGCUGUUCUUCCUUCCCCUACGGUCGGAACCAGUCCUGUUAACAAGGGUACCGCGUCCCUCUCCGAGAUGGACGUUCGCUCACUCAAGACUUUGUACGACCCCAAUGCCUUAUCCUCUGCGCGACCAGGCGGCCCCGACGUUUUCAGUGUCGAGGCGUUCGUUGCCCGUGUGCAAGCCCUCAUCAACGACGACCGUGCACUCAUUGAGCGGCUCAUUCGGUUCGCGCAAGCACACGAUCUGCUCAAGAAGAACGCUGAACGGGCGCAGAAGCUUGCGCAAGAGAGCAAUACUGCACUUGAGACAUACCAGAAGCAAGUCAAGCUGCUUGAGGAGCGCAACGUUUCCAUGAUCUCGAAGCAGGCCACAUUCACAGACGAGAUUGCCAAUCUGCAGGAAGCGGUCGAUCGCUUAACAGCAGAAAAGCUCGACCUCGAGACUCUUGCCGCCGAACAGGCGGAGACUUGCAGUCAGCUUACGGAAGCCAACAACACGCUCAGCGCUCGGGUUCUUAAUCUUGCGGAACAAAGCAAUGGGGCGGCAACCUCGGAUACGGAGCGGCGAAAGCUCGAGCAGAAGCUCGAGGCGGAGCGGAAGCGCCUUCGGGAGGAUAUGGGGAGACUUGAAGUCGAGAAGUUGAGCCUAGAGGCAGAGAAGGCGCGGCUGGAGGAAGAGCUGCAAAAUAACCAGGCGGCGCUGGAACGAGCGACAGAAGACGUAGAGGCGAUGCGCAUGUCCCAGCAAACACAGCAAAUGGCGCUUCUCGACGAGCUCAACACAGUCCAGACAGAAAACGCAACUCUCCGUGCCCAACUGCGGAAAAAGUGA